AUGGCGUCUAUACCCGAGCCCAUUUUUGCUCUUGCGCUUCGAAUCUUCGCACUCGCCUGUAUCCACAGACACUUCAUCGCGGCUUCUCCUCGAGAGCUGCUGGGCUUUCACCUAGGCGGUCUCUCUCUUUCCGUCUCCUUUUCCAUGUCUGCUGACGGCUGUCAUAUCAACGCACAUCAAGCCACACCUGUACGUCCUCACAGCCUCGCUCAGUCUGUGAGGCUGCUCCGGCGCGAGGGCAAGUGCCACAGGAUGCUCGGAAACUUGGACACCGCCGCUGGAGAUGCUCUGCGCAGCUUCCACGACGCGCUAGAUCAAGCCCAGCAGUCGCUCCAGCGAGAUGAGGGGCGCCUCCGCGCAACGGAGCAGCUGCUAAGCGAUUUGAUGCUAGAGGUGGACUGCCUCAAAGCGGACAGCGCCCCCAACAGCGCCACUCUCCAGCGACGGGAAGCACUUCAAGCGGAAAAGCUAAAGAUGCUGCAUCACACGCGGCAUCAACGCGAGGCCAUUGCCGCGACGGCGGCCCACAUCCAGCAUCUGAAAGAGCCCCGCGUGAAACUCACCGAGCGGGUGGAUGCGCUAAAAGUGGACGUCAAGGCGCUUCGUCGACAGUACGGGCUUCGAGCGGCACAGGUACACGCAUUCAUUGCGCAGUUUUUGCAGCCGCAGAACAGCCUGGAAAAUCUUCGAUGCCAGCUUGCGCGACUCCAGCAGGGGCGUGUCUCCCAAGCAGAGGCCUUACGGGCGUCCAAGCGGCAUCUGGAGGAGCUAAAAGCAGAGUUGGCAGCACUCAAGGCUGCCGACCGGCUUGAUACGACCACCGGUCCAAACGGAAACUCCAUCGUAGGCAAUGACCAACAUCUGGAAACCAAGCGCGACCAUGAAGUUGCUGCAGUGUCAGGACUAGCUAGCGACGGCAACGGGGAAGAGCUAAACGCUGAGGACAGCGAGUGCGCUGGGAGUGUGCCUGCUCCCAGUGAAGCAGAUAGGCGCUCUGAGGCGACGAGGCGGCGGUCUGAGCAAGCGGCUGCCCACAAAGCCGCUGAGGCUCAGCAGGCUGCAGAGCAGGCGAGGCUCGAGGCCGUCUGCGUGGAUCUGAAACAGCAGGUCUUGCUGCUUUGCCAAGAGAUUGAGGGGGCCGACGCAGCGCAGCAGCGAGAGCACAAGGCGUACCAUGAUGCGUUAAAUGACGCCGCCAGUGGAGCUGGUGGAGGUGUGCUCCGGCAGUGCCAGAGGUGCGCGUGCGACCUUUUUGAAGGCUUCUCGUGA